GCUGACGUAAUUGAGAAACAAAUAGGAGCCGUAGGCAAAUAUCAAAUUGCAUUAUGUUUACUGGUCUUUUUGACAAGUUUUCCAAUAGCAUUUCACCAAAUGGCGAUAAUUUUUUUAGCGCCAUCUACGCCUUAUCAAUGCCUCAAUACAAAAAUGAAAAAUACAUGCCCAUGCUUGAAUCCAGUAUAUGAUUCUUCUAUAUUUGAACUUACAAUAAUAUCAGAAUGGAAUUUGAUAUGUAACAGAAGGUGGAUGGCCAGUUUUACGCAAACAUUUUUUCAGUUGGGCACAUUACUAGGGAGUAUAUUAUUUGGGAUGGCAUCAGAUAGAUUCGGCAGAAAAGGACCAUUGAUUGUGGCUAUAAUCAUUCAAACAACUACAGGGAUAUUAGCCGCAUACAUUUCUGAUAUUUGGACAUUCGUCUUCACCCGCUUCGUACUGGGGUCCUCAAUCGGAGGCACCAUGGUCAUCGGUUUUGUGAUUUGUAUGGAGUUCGUCGGUACAGAAUACCGUGAUGUGAUGUCAGCUCUGUACCAAAUACCUUUUAAUAUGGGACAUUUGCUACUGCCAGUUUUUAGUUACUAUUUCAGAAAUUUCCGAGAUUUUCAACUGGCGAUAUCUCUGCCGACAGUGAUUUUGCUAUCUUACUUCUUUCUCGUGCCUGAAACGCCGAGAUGGUUAAUCGCCACGGGAAAAACUGAAGAAUCAGUGGUUAUUUUGGAACGUAUUGCUAAAAUAAACGGUCUACCUACAGAAAAUAUUCGAUCUGACAUGAAUGCUAUCGCUUGGGCUGAUAAACCUGAAACCGGAAAGGGGAACUUGUUGGAUCUGUUUCGGACUCCAAAUAUAAGAAAAAACAAUUUAGUGAUGGCCUUUAAUUGGUUGACGUGCAGUUAUUGCUUUUAUGGUGUGUCACAAUAUGUCAGUCAACUGAGCGGCAAUAUAUUUCUAAACGUGGCUGUUAGUGCUCUUAUGGCGCUGCUAGGUAGUUUGGUAUCAAUACCUUUGAUGCGUAUUUUUGGGAGAAAACCUAUCGUUGUUGUAUCACACUUCAUGUGCGCAGUUUGUCUUAUAAUGCUAGCUUUUAUGCCUGAAGGAGGCUGCUCUUUGUUUUUUGCGAGUACGGGAGUGGUCACUAGUUUCAUCGUAUUAUUGGUGGUGUAUUUAUACUGUACGGAAUUAUUCCCGACGGUUGUACGAAGUGCCGCGCUAGGUUUUUCUUCUAUGACGGCUCGAGUGGGCUCAAUGGUAGCUCCGUUUGUCAUAGAUAUGGGACAAACAGCGGUAUGGCUUCCGCCUAUCUUGUUUGCUAUUUUACCUCUCAUAUGUGGGUUUGUUACGUUCCUAUUACCAGAAACAAAAGGUCGUGAGUUAAUGACUACAUUGGAAGAAGGUGAAAAGUUUGGUAAACAAGUAAAAUCGAGUUCUAAC